GUGUGGAGUUGCCACCUUGGUUAAAUCAAGUGCGCCGGUUUGUUUUCAAGCGAAUUAAAAAUGUCCCUGGAAAUCCUGAAACAAGGCGCCGAAGGAUGUCUAUAUUUGGGCGAUUUCAAAGGAGAAGCCUGCCUGAUCAAGGAGCGGUUCGUAAAGAAGUACCGCCACCCGGAACUGGACACCCAGAUCACGCGGCAGCGCAUGAAGGCGGAGGCCAAGGCGUCGGGAAGAUGUCUAGCCGCUGGAAUCCUGGCACCAAAGAUCCUCCACUCGGACCUCAACACGCACAAGCUGUAUAUGGAAUACUUCGAUGCAGCCAAGACUGCCAAGCAGUUCAUCCAGGAGACAGUGUCCACUCAGUCGGAGGAUGAAGCCAAGAAAUGUCUGCUGGAGUUCUGCAAGCGGAUUGGUGAAAUCAUUGGGAAAAUGCACUCCAAUCACAUAAUACACGGCGAUCUGACCACUUCGAACAUCCUCAUCAAUCCGAAGGGUGCCGACUACGAUGUCAUCCUGAUUGACUUCGGCUUGAGCCACUACAAUCAGGCCACCGAGGACAAGGGUGUGGAUCUGUACGUCCUGGAGCGGGCGCUACUCAGCACUCACAGCGAACAGCCGUAUCUCUUCGAGCACAUCCUGGCCGCCUAUCGCACAGCGUGCGGUAAGGACGAGCAGGCAGUGCUCUCCAAGUUCGAGGAGGUGCGAGCACGCGGACGCAAACGAACCAUGAUUGGUUAACGAAUAAUAAUAAACUUUAUUGGGAGUUAAA